AUGACAAGCCGUACUCAUCUUCUUCAGCGGUCGCACAUCAAGUUGGUAUCCUACCCCCACAAAGUCAACUCGGAGUACCACGAUGAAUACGUCCCACGAAGUGUUCAGGGAAAUUCUGUUGAUCCAGGUGCAGCAAGCGCCAAUCUUAGGAAAUCUCACUUUAGCAUCAGUGGUGAUCACACCUCAAAUCUUGGUUUAUCUGAGCACCAAGCAGAAUUCAUCGAGAGGCCGUUUGACGUGCAGGAAUCUGCCGUGAGUUUACACCAUAAACCAGACAACAUAAAUCUCACCCAGGGUGGCCAUGUCCCGGAAGGUGAGUCUGUCUACACACACGACUAUAAGCCAUACCCAGUAGGUUCUGGUGCGGUCCUUCCUGCUGCAAGCAUGGCCCUGCAGAGAUCGCACUUUGAGGUCGCACCUGGGAGCUCCGGUGUGCCAUUAGGACAGUCGAUCCAGCAGACAGAUUUUGUCAGGCACUCAAUAGACCCAAACAGACAGCUUCUGGAUACGGCAACUCUCCAGAGGUCCCACUUUCCAACAGCCAACGAAGGAUUCAAGGGGAAGUUCUCUGAAACGCAAGAUGAGUAUAGACCGUAUCUUACUGGCUCAAACUAUGACGAGCUUGCGGCUAAGCCGGUGAAUAUGGCGCUGCGGAGGAGCCACAUCGAUCAAGGAUAUGAUCCCAGUGGACCUCGCUCUUCAGAAACUAGAGACAUGCUGAGCCAGACGGCAGGAGUACGCGGAGAUAAGUGGGAUAACAUGGACCCGACUGCGCUGCGGAGGUCCCACCUACCAUAUCCCAUGCAGGCCCAGAUGCUGACCAAGGAAACUGAGCACCAGGCAAACUACGUUAAUUACCCUGGCCACGUCCCCUCGGGUUUGUUGAAGCCUGAGUCUGAGGAUACAAAGAAGCAUGUACUUAAUCCUGCAACAGUUGAAGGCAAAAAUCUGUCUGAAACUGCUGCAAAAUAUGUCGCCUACAACCCUCAAGAAUUGAAUAAUGCUCACUAUCAGCCAUCAGACCUGAAGAAUCGCAUACAGCGGGAAAGUGGCUUCAUCAAUUUGAACCCAACAACUGCAAAGUUUGCUGGAGCAUCAGAGUUCAUGGAUAACUAUAACAAGGUACCCAGUAUAGAUGCGCGUUCAUCCCUAGAUCCAGAUGCUGCGCAGCGUCUACGGAGAUCACACCUUUCGGAGCUGUCUGGUAUCAAUCCACUCCAAACCACAACCACCACGUCUGACAUGCUACUUCAAAGUAAGCCGUACGCUGGCCAAAAGCUGACUGAUGCUGUAGACAUGGGGUUGCGCGACUCACACAUAAUGAGGGAGGCAGCGGGAGGCAGGUUCCUCAGUAGUACAGAGUACAAUUCCAAAUACAUUGCGUUCAAUAAUUGUGCAAGUGCUCCUGUGGAUGGGUCUGGCCUAAGAAAAACGCACUUUAUGGUUGGGGAUGGCACAAAGUUUGAUGGUGAGAGUACAUACCACGCAGACUACCAGCCCAAGCCUCUUGAAGGGAACAGGUGGGAAUUUAAGGAAGAGGAGUAUGCGUAUCUGUAG